AUGAGGCUUUCGCAGCGAGCUUGAAUCAGACAGAGGGCAGUGUGAAACAAUAACGUUUCACAUUCACACUAUUUCUUUAUUUUCUACUUUUUAAAUAAUCAAAGGACUAUCUGAAAAUGCGUGCCCCACUUACAAUCAUUUUGACAUUUUGCUUGGUGGCUGCAUCGGAGUGCACGACUGGAAGUGCCACCACUACCGGACCUGCCACCACUACUGGGGGUGCCACCACGACCGGGCCUGCCACCACUACCGGACCUGCCACUUCAACCGGGCCUGCCACCACGACCGGGCCUCCCACCACGACUGGGCCUGCCACAAUGACAGGGACUGCCACCACAACGGGGCCUGCCACCACGACCGGGCCUGCUACCACUACCGGGCCUGCCACCGCUACCAGGCCUGCCACCGCUACCGGGCCUGCCACCGCUACCGGGCCUGCCACCGCUACCGGGCCUGCCACCACGACCGGGCCUCCCACCACGACCGGGCCUGCCACCACGACAGGGACUGCCACCACGACCGGGCCUGCCACCACGACCGGGCCUGCCACCACGACCGGGCCUGCCACCGCUACCGGGCCUGCCACCGCUACCGGGCCUGCCACCGCUACCGGGCCUGCCACCACGACAGGGCCUCUCACCACGACCGGGCCUGGCACCACGACCGGGACUGCCACCACGACCGGGACUGCCACCACGACCGGGACUGCCACCACGACCGGGACUGCCACCACGACCGGGACUGCCACCACAACCGGCAAGCCCGCCACCACAACCGGCAAGCCAGCCUCCACGACCGGCCCCGCCACCACAACCGACAAGCCUGCCACCACGACCGGGCCUGCCACCACGACCGGCAAGCCCGCCACCACGACCGGGCCCGCCACCACAACCGGCAAGCCCGCCACCACAACCGACAAGCCCGCCACCACGACCGGGCCUGCCACCACGACCGGGCCUGCUACCACAACUGGCAAGCCCGCCACCACAACCGACAAGCCUGCCACCACGACCGACAAGCCCGCCACUACAACCGGCCCCACCACCAAAGGACCCUGCUCUCCAAAUCCGUGUAUUGGAAAUGGAAUCUGUGAAGAGCGGUCUGGGGGUGAUUUUGUUUGUGUCUGUCUGCCUGGGCUGGUAUACGAUGACACCAUAGGCUGUAUUGAAGCAAAGGUUUUCCCUGGUAAUUUAGUUUUGAAUCGAGAAUUUGAAGACCAAAUGAGUGACAAGACAACUGAUUUGUUUAAAAAAACAGCUGAAGAAAUACAGAAUGAGCUCAGAGACGCUCUCAAAGGCGAUGGCUACAUUGGCUCCAUAGUUCUGAGUUUGAGUGAAGGCAGUAUAGCUGCAGAUGUGCAGAAUUUCUAUCAGGUUUCAUCCAAUGUCAACGCAGAGUCAGUUAAUAAUUUAAUUAAUAAUGCAUAUAAAGGUGUCGGGACAUUCACUGACAAGCCUUUGUGUGACACCGAAUACUGUGAUAAUAACACCACGGAUUGUAGUAAUGGUCCUGAUGAUGGUACGGCAGUGUGCUCUUGCAAGAAGGAGUACAUCAGGUCCCAAUUCACAGCUAAGUCAUGCAUUCCUUGUCCUGAAGGGCAAAAAGCAGUUGGAUCCCUACGAUGUGAAAAGUGUCCUUUUGGCUUUUCUGGAUUCAACUGCAAUAAUCCUUAUCUUUUGGUCGUGGUUGUGGUUUCCAUUGGAUUCGGCGUGUCUAUCAUAAUUUUUGUGACCCUGCUGGUCGUGAAAAGCAGCAAACCAAAAGAAAGCUCCCCGUCUAAAAAAGAUUUCAGCCCACAUGGUAAUGGAAUGGAAAUGCCUAAACCUGCGGGAGUUCCCAGGAUCCCCCGAGCCAAUCCUACUUCAGAUUGGCAGACUACAAAUUUGGAGAUGAGCAAUACUGGGAGCACUCAGGCACUGGUGACCAAAGAUCAGCUAGAGAACAAAGCAUACAAUUAUUAUGAUAAUGAUGACGAUGACGUGAUGUACAAGAAUCAAGAUCCAGUGUACUCCAGGGUAAAGAAGGUGGAAAAUGGCGGAAGAGGCGCCCAAAACCCAUACUAUCGGUUUGAUGAUGAGAGAAUGCACAGAUAUUAGCAGCACUGGAUCGAUUUCUGGAACAGGACUUUUACUUUUUAAAUGACCAAAAUUUCAAGAUAUUACAAACAGACUUUACAGUUUUAUAUAUGUUGAUUUUAGGAACAGAAUUCAGAUUUUCUCUGUAUUUCAUUUUUUGGUAUUAACAGCAUGUGUUUUACUCUUGUAUAUAUGCUUUUGGUUUAUUUAAAUAUUUAAACAAAAUUGAGCAGUAAGCAGUUUCAAAAAAAUGAACUAUAGCUUUUUUGCAGAAAUAUGCAUAUACUUUCUUUUUAUAUACUGACUAUCCAUGUACAAGCGUUAAUGUUUUGUUUGUUUAUUACAGCAACACAGUUGAAUACAUAUCCAUGCUUUUAAUUAAAUCUAAAAUGUUUGCUUAUUUAUUAAAUGUAAUUAUGAGGUUAUGAAUGUUGUUAAUACUUGGGCUGGAUCUCAGGUUUACUUUUACUAGGUGAAUAAGAUUUCUCUGAAUCAGAUUUUCAGUAAUCCCAGGUGGUAAAUAGUAUAAUUUAUUCUGAGAUAAUGAAAUUGAACCUGUAAUUUUGAACAGAUUUUUGAUGUCUGUGCCAAUUAAAAUUUUAUUAUUAAAGGGCUAAGCCACCAAAUAAAAAAUCAUUUCUCCAUUA